AUGGAACUCAGCUCACCUAUCAACGCCAUCAUUUAUCCCGAUAUCUCUGUCAACGGCACCGGGAGUGUCACCAUCUGUCCUUUUGAGAUCUCCGUGGCGGUGAUAGGCGACAUUCCCCCUCACCUUGUUCAACAGAAAGUUCCCGUGUCCAUUUCAGUCUCCGUUUCUCGAGAGCUCCAGCCAUUUACAAACCUGUUCGUGCGGGCUCGCCCAGUCGGGGAUGAAGAGGGGGAAGAGCAUAGUCCGUCCAUGUCACCGCGGUCUCUCCCCCGACCAGAGCUUGACUCACCAGUCGACGCCUACAACCACAGCUCAUACUACGAUCAAGACAUCCCAUUUGUACCUCUCCCCUCAGCAUUUGACCGCUACAACCCAGCCCACUGGGCUCGACUCUCCGAAAACAUCAGUGACUACGUCGUUUCCCUCCAACCUGACAGCGGUAUGAGGUCCUGGGGCACCAACAUGUAUUGGGUUUCGUGGGUUGGGGCGAACGUCAACUUCCCGUUCGGAGAAUGGUCAAAGUGGGAUGGCGAGAUUCCGCUCGAGGGUUCCUUCAUUGAGUCAUGGCUCGCAGACGCAUAUGCUCGUGGGUCGAGUCCUGUCGCAGAGGAUGCGCUUGACGUUAUUUGGUCUGAAUUUUUGAGGUAUACUUCGCUCUUUGCCAAUGGCCCGAUCAUUUCUACGCUUUUCUGA